UACUCUGAGUGAACGUCUACGAAUGUGACAUGGCGUCGGUGAAGAAGUUUGCUGAUAAAUAGGUGUUAAUGUUGUUUUUAUGACAUUAACAUAACACAAAGGCUGCCACAAUAGCCACAAAUCUUUCUUAGGUUUUUGCAUUGAUGGUAAUGCAUGCAAGGAAACCACAGAGGAUAAGUGAUGGGUACUUCGAAAAACAUCAAGCCCAUCCCUACCAGAACACUGCAAAGUACAGUUCUUCGAAGGGAAACUACGAUGGGCGCUACAACCACGAGAGAAUGCGAGAGUCUCCCAACGGCAAUUCUUACAGGUCAGACAGCCCUGAUUCGCAGAGCCCGAGGGACCGAAACUAUCAAGGAAAAGGUUCAUAUUUGCAGAAGUUCCGGGAGAAGGAGAGAGAAAACAGAGACUACAAAUCAAGAGAAAAGUAUUCCGAGUGUGCAAGGUCUCCGAAAGAUAAGCGAAGUCGAGAGAGCAGGGACUCUGAACACAGGACCAAUCAUGACAGGAGCAGUACUGAGAAAGUUAUUCUUCACCCAGCAAAACUAACUACACAGAACGCACCAUCGCGAGAGACAUCCCAGAGAAAGCCACUUCACAACUCGUGUCAGGAGAAACGCGAGACGGAGAGGGAGCGUGUGGCCAGAGUAGGGGACUGGUCGGAGCACAUCAGCUCGUCGGGGAAGAAGUACUACUACAACUGCAAAACUGAAGUGUCGCAAUGGGAGAAGCCACGGGAGUGGGUCGAGAAAGAACGCAGCCGAGAAAAGCAGACCGACCGGAACUACACCUCUACAAAUAGGACAUCUCACGAGAAACAUUCCAACUCGCGGCCGUCGGCCAGCAACUGCCGGGACGCCCCGGUGAAGGCGGCGUCCUCGUCGGCGUCGCGGCAGCAGGAGAAGAGAGAUCUGUACUGGAACAGCCAGUCGAGCAGCAGCAGCAGCAGGGAGGAAGCCGAGGCCAAUGAGAGAAGAAAGCAUUUGGACGGUGAGUCGCAGGCACAGGACAUGGACAUCUCGCCUGGGGACAGCACGCCCACCUCGGAGACCUCGUACAGCCACGCGGCGGGCGGGGAGUCCCACGCCCCGGGGGGGCCGGUACUGCUGGCGGCCGCGCUGCCCCGCCUCUCCUCCCACCCGCCACUCUCCCUGCCCCGCUACCAGCCGCAGCAGCAGCAGCAGUCGGCCGCGGGCAAGCCGGGCUCAUCGCCGCCGCCCCCGAUGGUGCCGCCGCCCCAGGCCCCGCCCCAGGCCCCGCCCGUCACGCUCGCCAGCCUCCCGAGGCUGCUCUCGCAGAUAGCCGCCGGGGCCAAGGGCCUGGAGCAGGCGGAGCUGUCGCCGCAGAAGGCGCUGCAGACCAUCCAGACGGCCCUGCUGCUGUCCCGCCAGGCGUCCCUGGAGCCGGCGUCGGCCGGCCAGCAGCCGCUCAAGGUGGAGACGGGGGGCGGGGGGGCCGUGCUCGGCGAGGGCCCGCCCACGCCCACCCACUCGGAGAGCCAGGACUGCGUCGACGUGCGCAAACUGGCCAGCCCCCCCAGCAGCCUCAGCUCGCUGCAGAGCCUGACGCAGGCGGGCGUGGGCAGCUCCCUGCACGCGCUGCGGCCCCAGGGCCCCCACCUCACCCCCAGCCUGGCCAACCACUACCGGGAUGACCUGGUCAACCACGUGCGCGGCUGGCCGGCCGAGGCGCUCGAGAAGCAGGCGCAGAAGCUGAGUGAGGAAGGGCACACGAUGGGCAGUUUGCAGUGCACACGGGUUUCAGCUGACCUGAAGACGGCGCGUUCUAUCGUUAGGUUAACGGAAAUCCAAGCUACAUUACAGGAGCAAAGGAUAUUGUUCCUGCGCCAGCAAAUCAAAACGUUGGAACAGCUGAAGUCUCAGAACUCAUUCAUGUCGGAGGACUCAUAGUGGGAACAAGUGUCGAACGGAGCAACUAUUGAACCACCUCCUAUUUACUGCAUAGUUGUCUGUUGUUCUUGCAGUCUGCCUCUGCAGUGUCGACGUUCUUGUUCGUUACGUGUUUACUGUAUCGGCAGAGUCGGGGUGGGCCAGCAUUUUAUUUUAUUUCAAUUUUUUUUGCAAAGGAAUACUAGUGCGUAUUACUACGUGAAUAAAACUGUUUUCAUUGCCUGUAACAGUGUUGCAUGUGAUGAUUGAGUGCGCAAGGUUCCUUAACAAAAAGAAAUAACUGUAAUAAAUAGCUUAAAACUCCAAGGCCAAGCGAAUGAUAUAAAUAAGUGUACCAUAAAUUUGUGAGUCGGUUUGGAGAGCGUGAUGCUUGAAUGUUAGGCUUGGAGCAUUACAACAUUGUAUUAAAUAUUAACGUUAUUUUGCACUGUAAAAAUUAAUUAUUUAAUUUUCAGUGCUGUGUUAAUGUUAUGUGGUUGGCGCCUGUAUCAGUAAUAAUAUAUGAUCUGCGUGCUAUGCCACAUAUCCAGAUAGCUUUUGUAUAAAAAUUACUUAAGCACGUACAUGUAUGAGCUUCUCAAGAUUUUUGUUUUGAUUAUUUUUAUGGAUAUUUACAAGCAUAGACUGUAAGUACUUUUUAUGUGUGAUUAUUAAAUUAUGUUUAAUAUGUACAAAGUUUUUCCAGUAAAUACUGUGCAUUUGUAAUUAUUUAACCUUGAGAAGUUCAUAACGUAGCAGAACAGAAGUAUUGUUGAGAAAUCCUGGAAAACUGUUUCUAUUUAGCCUUUUUGCUGGUUGUAUGUGAUUAGAUUCCGAAAGAAAGAUUCAUUAAAACAUUUUGUCCUUUUUCAUCUCGUGUAUUUUGCUCGUGGAACUAUUAUUUUUUAUUAUUUUUUGAAAUUCGUGACCUCAGGUACAGUGAGUGGACAGACCCCCUUGUCCUGAAGUGCCCCGUCGCGCUUGAGAGUGCAAAGGAACGACAUUGGUCGACGUAAGUGGAGUUUUCCCUGUAUAUUAAAAGUUGUAUUUAUGGUGUUUAAUAGCAUUUUUCGACUUACAGUUGAAUGUAUGAAGAGUGUAUUCAGGUUCAAGGGGUAGCGAAAUAAAAACCAACAUUCUUUCACCUA